ACAUUCUCCACGCGGGACGUGCCGCCGUGCCUACAAGUGUUCUUUAAAUCAGAGAUGAAUAAUACUGCAGCCAGCCCAAUGUCUACUGCUACUUCAAGUAGUGGAAGAAGUACAGGGAAGUCUGUAAGCUUUGCAGCAGAGUUACAGAGUAUGAUGUUUUCUUUAGGUGAUGCUAGGAGGCCUCUACAUGAAACAGCAGUUUUGGUAGAAGACGUGGUACACACACAGUUAAUUAAUCUGUUACAGCAAGCCGCUGAAGUUUCUCAGCUUCGGGGAGCAAGGGUAAUCUCCGCUGAAGACCUUCUGUUUUUGAUGCGCAAAGAUAAGAAGAAGCUUAGAAGACUCCUAAAGUACAUGUUUUUCCGAGACUACAAAUCCAAGAUUGUCAAGGGCAUAGAUGAGGAUGACCUUCUGGAAGACAAACUGAGUGGCAGCAAUAAUGCAAACAAAAGACAGAAAAUCGCCCAAGACUUUCUCAGCUCUAUUGACCAAACAGGAGAACUCCUGGCAAUGUUUGAAGAUGAUGAGAUUGAUGAAGUUAAACAAGAAAGAAUGGAGAGAGCAGAAAGACAAACUCGAAUUAUGGAUUCAGCCCAAUAUGCAGAAUUCUGUGAAAGUCGACAAUUAAGUUUCUCCAAAAAGGCCUCCAAAUUUCGAGACUGGUUGGACUGCAGCAGUAUGGAGAUAAAACCCAAUGUUGUCGCAAUGGAAAUUUUAGCGUAUUUAGCAUAUGAAACAGUGGCACAGUUAGUGGACCUGGCUCUUCUUGUGAGGCAGGACAUGGUAACCAAGGCAGGAGACCCCUUCAGCCAUGCCAUUUCUGCAACCUUCAUUCAGUAUCACAACUCUGCUGAGGGGUCUUGCAUGAAGUCCUACCCAGAGUCCCCUGAGAACACACCUCCUCCUACACCGACUGCUCCAUCAUCUGGAUCACAGCACUCAGGGAAAACCACAUCAGGAUCCCUAGGGAAUGGGAGUGCUGGACAAGACUCAGCUAAAACCAAGCAAAGGAAAAGAAAAAAGAGCACUGCGGCCUGUGGUGUUGAGGCUCACAGCGAUGCCAUCCAGCCCUGCCACAUCAGAGAGGCCGUUCGACGCUACGGCCACAAGAUUGGCCCCCUUUCCCCAUUCACAAGUGCCUACCGCAGGAAUGGGAUGGCUUUUCUGGCCUGCUGAUGGGACUGUGACUGUAACAACAGGAAAGGC